AUCUUAAUCACAGGAGCUCGAGUCAAAACGGUUGUUCAACAACAGAUAUUGAGAAAUUACAAAAAUAAACAAGUUUAAUCGACUGAUAAUUAAUCUAGGUGUGCAAGAUGAUGGUCAUGGCUGAGAAAUCACAAAAAAGAAAGAAUGAAGAAGCAGUGAUGAAUGUAGAAGAUAUGGAGGUUGAUGAAGUGGCAGAGAAUGAUUUAUUAACUGGAAAAGUUACCACAACUGUCAUUAAAAAAUUGGAACAGGAAUAUGGCACUGAUUGGAAGCAAGAGAGUCAUGCUUCAAAAGUCCAUAUGAUCCCUUGUAUCUUCACUCCUAAACGUAAUACAAGAGAUUCCACUAGUGGUAGGGAGGCUGAGCGCACUCUGUACAAUACACUGGAGAAUAUCAACAAUCGAGGCCGUGCUGCAGAACAUUUUAGGGGAAAAAUGCAUGGUUUUGUUUUUCAUGAUCGUAUUUUUAACCACGAGGAAAUUGAUUUCAUUUUUGUGACCAUACACGGUUUGGUGAUAUUUGAAUGCAAGGCGGUAAAAAGAGAAAGUAGAGCCAAAAAUGAAUUCUUGAAAGCAAGAGACCAGUUGGAAAGAAAAGUAUCAGUGCUUGACUUUAUACCUUCUGGUCUUCCAACUUUCAAGGUCGUCGCAUUUCCGCUCCUAGCCCGUUGUGAUAUAGUCAUAGAGAAUAAGGAUGAUACUCGUAUCCUUUUUAAGGAAGGCCUGGUUGAUAUUAAAGAUUGGCUGAGACGAACAGGCAUCGUCAAACAAAAAAUUCCAUUCAGUGACUAUACUUUAAUGGUAACGGCAAUUCUACUGAAAUACCAUCAGUCCGACGGAACUACGUUUAACAACGCCCGUGAAUUUAAAAGACGAGCAAUAUGCGGUUCUGAUAGCAACUUAACUAAAGAAACUAAAUGUUACACUAAAGAACAGGCGAAUCUUUUAAAAAGCCGUGAUUUAAAUUCUGAAGAUGUCUGGAUAACGGGCGCUGCUGGAACUGGCAAGACAUUCGUCUUAAAGGAUCGGGUUAAACUUUUGGCUGAUAAAUACCCAGAAGAUGAUGACGACAAGAAGAUUCUUGUUAUUACAUACAAUUGUCCAGUCAAUAAGGAAAUAGAACGAUGGGUUGAGACGAAUGCCAAAAAUAAAGGGAAAUCAGUGCGGGUUCAGACCUUUUGCACGUUGCUCCACCAUAUAUUUAAAGCUGUAAAAGGGGACAAGGAAGAAUGGGAGAAAUUUGAAGACAUGAAAAAGAGGAAUGAUGAUGGAGUUGAAGAGGAUAUGAUAAGCUAUAUUAUCGAUCAACAGAUUAUAAAGAAGUAUUUUGGGUCCCAUUUUACCUACACACGGCACAAAUUUCAUCAUAUCCUCGUGGAUGAAGCACAAGAUCUUCCAGGUAAUUGGCUUGGAUUACUAGAUUCGAUGUUGAAUAAACGGGAGAAAUCCAGCAUUUGGAUCUUCGAGGAUCCCUUUCAAGUGGUAAGAAGAAACACCGCUAGACCAAGGAACUAUGAGAUCAACCAGCGAUUUACCAGACACUCGCUGACCAAAGUUGUUCGGAAUACCCAUAACGUGUAUGAAGCCUAUAGCCACUGUUAUGACGAUCUGCGGGAGAAAGUUACUUCGGCUACGGCGGAUUUCUCUAACGAGGAGUUGUCUCCCCCAACCGUAAAUCACUCUGUAUACGGUAAAUCCCCAGAGUACAUCCCAGGAGAAAGUGUUGAUCAGCUGAAUAAUUUGUUGAUCACCACAAUAAAAGAAUUGCAAGAACAAGGUGUGCCAUUGUUUGAUAUGGCCAUUAUCACCUGCGGCACGGAAGUCAAUAGAGUCGUAACUCUUUUACAAGAUGAAAGUAUAAAAUCCGUAAAUUCUGAGAAAUGGUGCGAGUUGAAAUAUUCCAAGAAUGGUAAGAAUGACCCACCCGUUACUGUUGACUCCUAUCAGCGAUUCAAAGGAUUGGAGGCAAGGGUGUUGAUAUUUUUUAUACCCAAAGGCUGGACACCACGUGAUAUGGAUAUCUACGUUGGUUUUUCAAGAUCGUUUUGUCAUCUGGUUGUCAUAGGAACAAGCCAGGUCAUCCAGAAAAUAAGAUAUGACGAUCGUAAAAUAGAUUGAAAUACGACUUAUAGAAUAUUGAUAUACUACAACUUUAGUUUAUGCAUGUAAAAUUUUUAAUGGAAACAACGAGUUGUCAUGAAUUGUCAGGCAUCUUGGAUUAAUCUUUAACGCGUUAAAUUUUGUUCUCAUGCAUGUCAGGUGUUGGGUUGGCUUAAAGCUGACUUGUCAGACAGCCGAUGAUAGCUGCAUGUCUAGCAAGACAGAAACUUUUGUCACCUCAGACCUGACGUCAGCAUGUCAAAAUAUUACAAGAACCAAACAAGCUAUAAAAAAUCUGUAACAAUAUUUUAGAAGUAUUUUAAUACUCUCUAUGGGGAUGAUCAGCGCAAUUUUAAUUGAUUUAUGUUCAAAGUGUUCUCAAGUAUUGCAACUAAGUUGUAAGUUGGAUCACCUGCAUAAUUUACGUCGCUGAUUAUAUAAUUAAUAGUUUCAAAAUAGAAUUUAAGAUAAUAGUUAUUAGAAAUUUAGUUUUUGAAAAUGUAGAAUUUAAAGUGAUUUUAUCAUUUAAUAUAAUAAAUAAAGUGUUAUGUGAAUUUAGAUUGGCUGCAUGGUUGUCAUGCUAUCGCAAAAUAAAAUGGGAGAACAUUCGCUAAAAAAAUUCGCUUACACACCUCUUUGGGUAACUUUGAUGAUGAAGAAGACGCUCUCUGGGACAUUUGUAUCCAUGGUUAAGAGCAUAUAGCACAGCGAAAAAACGAGGAAAUUACAUUAUUACGCUGAUGAUUUCAAAACAAAUGCAUUACGUUAAUUUUGCUCCUAAGAUCCUAUCCAAAGCAAGCCUCUGCAGUACUUUAAUUCACAACAAACACUAUA